AUCUUGCAUUUUGAACUGAUCGAACGUAACGUGCGCGCGGUCGACGCAGCUUCCCGUUGGCGGCGCGGCCAAACCGAUGCGAAUCGAAAUUAAAAAUCCUAAAAUUUAAAAAAGAACUUUCGGAUAAAAAAAUUUAAAUAUCAACUAUAAAUAAGUAAAUAGCUGUGAUAGUUUCAUACAAUUGUGUUCAAGUGAAUUUAUUUUACUUUUUUGAAUUUUAUUUUUAAAUUAGUGAAAGAAUUUACAAGUGGUCCGGACACUAAAUCGGGUGCGGUGACAGAUAUAGAUUAAAAAUGAACGGAGCAAGCGGAAUGGCGGUUAACAUUUCCUUCGUAGAUUCUUACCGGAAGUUUAUGGAGAAGAACAGCGAUCCUCGGACGGAAAACUGGAUAUUGAUGUCAGGGCCUGGUCCUCUAAUAUCAAUCCUAGCGACGUACCUGUACUUCUGCACCACCCUGGGCCCCCGAUACAUGAGGGAUAGGAAACCUUACGACUUGAAGAAGCCAAUUAUAGUUUAUAAUGUCUCGCAAAUUCUAAUGAGCAUAUUCUUGGUUUAUGAGGGUUUAGUCUCCGGAUGGUGGAAUGACUACAACUUCUCUUGUCAACCAGUGGAUUACUCUGACAACCCUAAAGCUCACAGAAUGGCAGCAGCGGUCUGGUGGUACUUUAUGGCGAAGAUCAUAGAACUGUUGGAUACAGUGUUCUUUGUGCUGAGAAAGAAGAACAGGCAGAUAUCCUUCCUUCAUCUGUACCACCACGCGAUGAUGCCAAUCUGUGCAUGGAUCGGAACGAAAUUCUUGCCAGGUGGCCACGGCACCCUUCUCGGCGUGAUCAACUCUUUCAUCCACAUCAUCAUGUAUACUUAUUACCUGGUGUCCGGUCUCGGCCCACAGUACCAAAAGUACCUGUGGUGGAAGAGGCACCUCACUUCCAUGCAACUGAUCCAGUUCUGCAUAAUCUUCUACCACAACUUCUCUGUUAUGUUCUGCGACUGCAACUACCCCAAAUUCAUCAACUUCCUUCUGAGUCUCAACGCUGGCCUCUUCCUCUACAUGUUUGGCAACUUCUAUAUCCAGAAUUACUUGAAGAGCACCAGUUCUCACAAAAAGAACGAUGACAUUAAUAAAGAAGUCAAUGGAAUUGAUAAGAAGGAAGUUGCAGUAAACGGAACUGCCAAUGGUACCUCCAAGGCAAAAGACUGCUAGCUAGUAACAAAACUAUUUAAUGGUUUAUUGUGAUUUUAUGUAAGUUUAGAUAUAAGUAGAUAAUAUGGUCUAUAUUGUACAUUUUGUGGUGAUAAAUAGUAAUAAAUUUACAAAUUA